AUGGACACGUUUACUCACGCUUGCGUGUUGCUUGCACUAUGUGUGGCCUGGCUACAGGAAACGAUACCAUACAACAUCAGAACUCAUCCAUGCUGCCUGGAGCCCAGCGAGAAUCUCACAUUGGCCAUGAUUAUCGACGCCUUCGAAAUCUACGGUCAUGAUCCAACCGACAAACUGGACAAUUUAUGGCUAUAUCAGACUGAGAUGAUGCGUAUCAAGACUGCUGAGGAUCAGUACUUAAUAAACGAACGGAUACAUAUUGCAACGGAUCAUUUGGGACGUUUCAUAAGACUGCAUAUUCAGGAACUGAAGGUGCUUUUAAUAACCCUGGAUGAUGUAAUCGACAAUAUGUUGACAAUGUACGAGAAUCAUAACGCAAUAGCAGCUGAGAGAAGAGCUACGUAUUCCGGAGGACCCGUCCCCAUGGAAUUCUACGUCAGUCAAGAGUUCUAUUGCGGUAAAAACGUUUACCUCUUCAUCUCGGAACUCUACAGCGAUAUAUACAACAUGGGCAGAGGUAUAGCACCAUACUGCAAGGAUCGAUCGUUUGUUUUCCUUGGAUUCCUGCAUUUUCACGAUGAGAAGAAGUAUUACUUGAUGGAGGAUCCCAGCAUCACCUUCCCUACGGACAACUAUAUACACGGACUGGAAUGUCACGUCGGUAUUUGCAUAUUUCGGUUUCCUUUUAAGAAACUAUUACAAAAAGACAGAGACGUGAUAACCUUGCCCAAAGCGAUCGUUAAGUGUGGACUGGUGAUGUACAAAUUGCCGCCGCUGACCGCCACAGCAUGUAUCAUUACAUCCGGUUCCUUCAUUCUCGACUUCAACAUCCAGGGUCUACGGUAUCGACAUUACGACUUUUUACUGACUGCGCCAAACGGCCAAACUUAUUACACUAAGGAGAAGAACACGCCCUUGGUAUGUGACCAUCACGUUUGCGAAUGGAAUUAUACUAACCAUUACGGCGGUCCGUUCCUGGUUCCUGGAGAUCCAGGAACCGGAAUAGUAUCAAUACCGCCGUAUAUAGAGUCCACACCAACACCACAAGUCGUCGAAGAAGAAGAAAAUAUAACCGUCCCAUAUGUACUGGACGGAUGUCUUUUCAUGUAUCCUCCAAAUUACGGAUCAAUUGCUGGAAAGAGUUACUUGGAUUCUGUGGACAUUCAUGACGAAAGAUUUACGUGUAACGCAGCAGGAAAUAAGGGUCUCUACUGGUAUCCACAAUGGAUGGGUGCGCCGCCACAUCAUCCAUAUCCUCCUACUCUUACGCAAGAAAAGGGCGCUUUUGAACCACCUGGACCUUUCUACCCGCACCAGAAUUUUGAUACCGAGGGAGAUAGAAAUCAAUAA